AUGGUGUUUUCCAUUUCUCCAAAAGCCAUCUCUGCACUUUUGCUAGGGCACCGUCCUCCACCAAACUCCAACUCAGGCCUAGAGAAAGCCAGCAGAGGACAGAGUGCCGAUCUAAUCUUGGUGGAUGAAGUUGGAUUUGUGAGUGCCAAGGUGCUGUUGGCUGUCUUGCCAAAUAUUGCGUUCAAGGGGCGUAAGCAAGUACAUAUCACAAGUCACGUUUGCAGCACACCUUGGCUUAACAAAGUCUCAGAGAUACGUGGUGAAAACGGAGAGCCCGCGUACCAUGUGGUUUCACAGAGCUUCAAAUGCCGGUACCAUGCCAGGGACCCGGGACUCACAUGUUCCUGCUUGGGAGUCUACUGUCCAGAAUACAUAUCCGUCGACUGUCACCUGAAGCAACUUAUGAAUAUGAUCACACCCAAAGGGUUUGUGAGUGAAGUUACAGGCAGCACCAGCACCUCAUCUGCAGACACAAAGAGUGACAAGACGACUCCCUUUGAGCCCCGGGUCAUAAACAAGUUUUUGUCCAACAACUGUGUAACAAUGGAGAAUGUGGCUCGUGGCGGUAUUGUCAGAGCAUACUUGUGUCUUGAUCCGACCUUUGGUGGGGGUUCAAUGUCCUGUGCUGGGUUAUGCUGUGCUGUGGAGUUGGCGAACAAGAAGCUUGUGGUCAUGGCUCUUGAGGAACUGGAAAUCAAAGACUUGGAUCAAGUGACCCAAGUUUAUGCAGCUCUGUUAAGGGACAAGUUGGCUGACAAAGCCCAUGCAGAGCAAGCAAGACCUCAGGGAAGGGUAAAAAACACAAUGUUUGGUGACCGUUUUAUUCCCGUUAGAAACAGUAAACAGAUGGACAUGGCUAGCUUUUUGCUCACUAAAGAAAAUGAACCUGACAACUGUAUCUCUUCUUCUUCUUCUUCUUCUUCAGCAAAAGCCAUAUCAGUGACCCUAAAUGGACAUGAUCUUGAAAAUGCAAAAAUCCUACAGUUUGGAGGAAAGACUGUAAAUGCGCCAGAAGGCUACCAAAACAAUUUGAAGGCCUCAACCAAAAAGACUAGUAGAUACAUUUCCUCAGUACCGGACAAAAUAUUGGAUGCUUCUGAGUUUCGUAACGACUUCUAUCUAAAUUUGCUUGACUGGAGCAGUCGAAACAUGCUUGCUGUGGCACUUCACAACAGAGUUCAUCUGUGGGAUGCAACUCAAGGAGAUGUAAUUUCUCUGAUGAAGCUGGAGCGUGCGGAGGAUUAUAUUUGUUCUGUGUCCUGGGCCAAAGAUGGAGGCUAUCUGGCAAUUGGCACCAGUGACUGCGAGGUUCAGUUGUGGGAUGUAGAGAAGCGGGAAAUGCUUCGCAACAUGGUAAGCCACACAGCCAGAGUUGCUAGCCUCAGUUGGAAUGACCAUAUUCUUUCAAGUGGCUCUAGAUCGGGACACAUCCAUCAUCAUGAUGUGAGAAUGGCUCAACACCACAGAUCCACAGUGAUUGCUCACUCACAAGAAGUAUGUGGGCUCAAGUGGUCACCUGACGGGAGAUACCUGGCCAGCGGAAGCAAUGACUGUCUGGUGUGUGUAUGGCCCCGUGUGUCAAAUGGUGGUGUUGUCAAUGAGAGCCAGGCUGUUCACUGUUGGAGUGAACACCAUUGUGGAGCUGUUAAGGCCUUGGCUUGGUGUCCGUGGCAACCAAAUAUCCUUGCAUCAGGAGGUGGCAUGGAUGACCAUCACAUACGCAUCUGGAACGUCAACAAUGGCUUUUGCAUCAGUUCAGUAGACUCACAGUCACAAGUGUGUUCUCUUGUCUUUGCACCAAAUUACAAUGAAUUGUUUUCUGCACAUGGAUAUACCCACAACAAUGUUGUUGUCUGGAAGUACCCUUCACUUACAAAGGUGGCAGAGCUCAAUGGACACGCGGACAGAGUGCUCAGUGUCAUUCUAAGUCCAGACAAGUCAACAAUAGCAACUGCUUCUGGUGAUGACACGGUUCGCAUAUGGAAAAGCUUCAAAAUGGAUCCUGUGAAAAAGAAGGCCAUGGAUUGCAUUCAUAAACCAAUAACUGCUGGUUUGCACCGCUCUCUCAGAUAA